AUGUUAGAAGCACGUCUCGAACAGGCUAACGUCCUGAAGAAGGUUGUCGACGCCAUCAAGGACCUGGUGCAGGACUGUAACUUUGACUGCAAUGACUCUGGAAUCGCCCUCCAGGCCAUGGACAACUCCCACGUGGCUCUGGUGUCCAUGAUGCUCAAGGCCGAGACCUUCUCGCCCUUCCGCUGCGACCGUAACAUUGCCCUGGGCGUCAACCUGACGUCGCUGACAAAGGUGCUCCGCGCCGCCCAGAACGAGGACAUGCUCACCCUCAAGGCCGAGGAUGCCCCCGACGUGCUCAACCUCGUUUUUGAGAGCACCGACAACGACCGCAUCACCGAGUACGACCUCAAGCUCAUGGACAUUGACCAGGAGCACCUGGGUAUUCCCGAGACCGAGUACGCUGCCACCGUCGCUAUGCCGUCGACCGAGUUUCGCCGUAUCUGUACCGAUCUGGCUGCCAUGUCUGAGUCUGUAAGCAUUGAUGCUUCCAAGGACGGUGUAAAGUUUGCCGCCAACGGUGACAUUGGAAACGGUGCCGUCACCCUCCGCAGCCACACCAACGUCGAGAAGCCCGAGCUCAACGUCGACAUUAACCUCUCGGAGCCCGUCACCUUGACCUUUUCCCUCAAGUACCUAGUCAACUUCUGCAAGGCUGCCGGUUUGUCGAGCCAGGUCAAGAUUUGCCUGUCCAACGAGGUGCCUCUGCUUGUCGAGUACAGCCUCGGCGGUAACAGCUAUCUGCGCUUCUACCUCGCGCCCAAGAUUGGCGAUGAGGAGUGA